AUGAGUGAUAGAAGUUCAUCGUCACCGCAGAGGCGGCUGGAAGAUACCUUCCCACUUCGAACAGCGUUACCAUCCAGAGAACCAUCCCGAGAAGACAUCGAGCUUGCUCGAAAACUGCUAGGCCAAUCACAAGCGGCAGCAAAUAACAAUGAAACUAGUCACAACGAGCCGCAGGCGAGAAACAGUCAGUCGCCAUCGAACGAGCAGCAAAGAACCGGUUCAACAAGUCCGAACUUGGACAGAGUACGACAAAUCACUCCUAGAUCAGAAGGAGAACAAUCACAAUCUUAUGCGCCUGUGACUUCGCAACCUGAUGCUGCUCCGAGUGGACAGGUGUGCAGCAACUGUGGAACAAGUAGAACACCCUUAUGGCGUCGAUCACCUCAAGGUGCCACCAUUUGCAAUGCUUGCGGGCUCUACUUAAAGGCACGAAAUGCCUCGAGACCAACCAACCUGAAGAGACCUCCUUCAGUUGUACCUCCACCAUCAGGACAAAUUACAGCAGACCAAAGGACGUCACCAGCGCGUACUGGCCAAACUCAUCACAGUGCAUCUGGCGCUACUUAUGUUGCAGCAGACCAUACCCCCGUAGGAUCAUGUCCAGGAGGUGGACGGUGCAAUGGUACAGGAGGAGCUGAAGGUUGCAGUGGCUGUCCUGCUUUCAACAACCGAGUCUCAAAGAGCGCACAUUUCGCAACUUCUCAACAGACACCAACAGCAACCUCACAAUCCUCGAAUGACCAACCCACAGAUGCCCCUUCGCCGAUAGACGUUGCUUCUUUGAGCAUUCAAAACCAAAAUACAACUGUUGUGGUCGCAUGUCAGAAUUGUGGAACAACGAUUACCCCAUUAUGGAGGAGAGACGAAAGUGGCCAUACCAUAUGCAAUGCUUGUGGCUUGUACUACAAGUUACAUGGCGUCCACCGACCUGUUACAAUGAAGAAAUCGGUUAUCAAGCGACGCAAACGUGUCGUACCCGCCUCUCACGGUACACAGGCAUCCGGGAUCGAUGUCGCAAGUAAUUCGAUGGGAUCUCCAGAGUCGGAUCAACCUUCACCUCCAGCAGAAGCGCCGCGGGGUAGCCUGAAUCCAGACGGAUCAGUAAACCUAGGAUUUCGAAUGCGCAAUGAUCAGGCAAAAUCUAUACUACCAGAACCCAUCUCCACUUCACGGGCACAGAAUGGUCAAUUACCCAGCUCAGAUCUUACCGCGUACGCUUCAACUUCCCAGGCCCACUUACAUGAACACACCGAUUCCCUCAACGAUGACAACCGACUACCACCAAUGGCUUCAUAUCCUUCACCUAGCCAACAACGCCCCUCCCUAUCGCCAAACUCUUUCCUCUCGCCCUCAAGAAAACGGUCCUUUUCUGCCACCGAGAUCGAGCCUCUCCCAUCCCUAUCCGAUUCAAAUCCAACCUCAACAAACCCCAAACGUCUCAGCUCCAUAAAAUCGAUCCUAAAUCCUGGCUACGUAGACAUCGACUCCGCAGACCGAGCCAACGAUCGCCGAAGUCCAGGUCCAAGUCGGUACUCGAAUCAACCCAGUCCCAGCAUGAACAGCGGCUACGCAACAAGCCCCGCAAAUAGCGCAGUCGGAAGCGCAUUAAGCAGCGCAAGGGAUCCUCAAAGCGAGAGCGAAAGGGCGAAAAUGGAAAGAAGAGAAAUGCUUCAACGUGAAGCAGAAAAAAUGAGAGAGGCGCUCAAAGCCAAGGAAAGGGAACUGGAAGAAUUAGGAAUGAAUGAGUGA